UACAAGCAAAAUAUUCAAAUGCUGGGUAGGAUAUCAGGUUGAACGUUGGGAAUCCUCCUCCAUUCUCCAAAGCUCGUUCCCUUUUUUUUGUUUGCGGCAGGUCACCGAGGCCCAGGGUCUGCGGGGAAGAAAGAGAUCGAAGGUAGGAAGAUAUCAAAAAUGGCGCUGCCCGUCCAACAGGCUGAAGAGUUACGUCUCUAUCAGCAAACAUUGCUACAAGAUGGGCUGAAGGACAUGCUGGACCAUAACAAAUUCAUAGACUGUGUCCUGAAGAUCAAGGAGAAGGAAUUCCCCUGCCACCGGCUCGUGCUGGCAGCCUGCAGUCCCUACUUCCGAGCGAUGUUCCUUUCCGAUUUGGACGAGAGCAAGAAAAAGGAAAUCGACCUCGAAGAUGUGGACCCAGAUGUGAUGGAGAAGAUCCUUCACUAUAUCUACACUUCCGAAAUUGAAAUCACAGAGGCCAACGUACAGGAUAUAUUUUCUGUAGCCAACAUGUUCCAGAUCCCUUCGAUAUUCACGGUAUGCGUCUCGUUCCUCCAGAAGAAGUUAUGUCUCAGCAACUGCCUGGCCAUAUUUCGACUGGGUCUCAUGUUGGAUUGUCCUCGAUUGGCCGUGUCGGCCCGGGAUUUCUUGUGCGACCGCUUCAGUCUCAUCUCGAGGGAUGAAGAGUUUGGCCAACUGUCCCCCGACGAGCUGAUAGCAAUUAUUUCCAGCGACACUCUCAACGUGGAGAAGGAAGAAGAAGUGUUCGAGGUGGUUAUGAAAUGGGCUUCCAAAGACCAGGAGAACCGCGUUAAGGCCUUGCCGGUCGUCUUUGAAAGCAUACGCUUCCGCCUCAUAUCCCCAGACUAUAUCAAGAGCAAGGUUGAGAAGAAUGACUUGGUCAAGUCCAAUAAAGAACUUUUGAAAAAACUUCAAAUGGUCAAAGAGGCUGGGGAAGGAAAACUUCCCGUCUUAAAAAAGAAAUCCCCUCCCAAAGAGGGAAAAGACGGGGAGCCGGUGGUGAACGGGGACGUGGAGGAAGACGAAGAUGUUCUACCCGGAAUUUUGAAUGACACUCUACGAUUCGGAAUGUUCUUAAAGGAUCUAAUAUUUAUGAUAAGCGACACGGGGGCCGUGGCCUACGAUCCCAGCGGCAAUGAGUGCUUUUUUGCCUCACUCUCAGCCCAGAUCCCCAAAAAUCACGUCAGUCUGAUAACUAAAGAAAACCAGAUCUUCGUGGCUGGUGGAAUUUACUAUAACGAGGAUAAUAAGGACGAGCCAUUGAGUUCCUACUUCCUACAGUUUGACCACCUGGACUCGGACUGGUUGGGGAUGCCGCCCGUGCCAUCCGCAAGAUGUCUCUUUGGUCUCGGAGAAUCCGAAAACUCCAUCUACCUGAUCGGUGGGAAGGAGCUGAAGGAAGGAGAGCAGACUUUGGACUCUGUUUUAUGUUACGACCGACCAUCAUUUAAAUGGGGGGAAUCGGACCCUCUGCCCUACCAAGUGUACGGACACUCCGUGGUGUCACAUGACAACCUGGUUUAUGUCAUCGGUGGGAAAGGAAACAACAAGAAGUGCCUGAACAGGUUAUGCGUCUACAACCCCAAGAAGUUUGAGUGGAAGGACGUGGCCCCGAUGAAAACGGCUCGGUCGCUGUUUGGAGCCACUUUUCACAACGGGAAAAUCAUUGUAGCUGCUGGGGUUACCGACACCGGCCUGACCAACACCGUCGAAGCCUACGACAUAAAGACCAACAAGUGGGAAGAGUUCGCGGAGUUUCCGCAGGAACGGAGCUCGCUCAGCCUCGUCAGCAUGGCCGGGACACUUUUUGCCAUUGGAGGUUUCGCCACGAUGGAGAGCGAGACGGAGGAGCUCGUGCCAACAGAGCUCAAUGAUAUCUGGAGAUACGACGAAGAAGAGAAGAAAUGGGAAGGUAUCCUGAAAGAAAUCCGAUAUGCAUCCGGCGCCACCUUCCUCGCCGCUCGUCUGAAUAUUCUCCGACUGACAAAAAUGUAAAAAAUCUCACACAAGGCUUUGAUUUAUCCCAAAACCACAAUAUUCUUCAGUGCAUUCAAUAAAGGGUUAAAACAUUAGCAUAGCGGUUCUGAGAGUUAAUCCGCGAGAAACCAGUGGCCAUGCAAAAA